AUGAAUCCAUCAAGCACCCCUACCAAAAUCUUUCAACCGAAAAAUUUGCAAGAUAUAAAAAAUAUUAUUGAAUUAGCGAAAACGAAUCAUAAAAAGAUUCGAUGUUCCGGAUCCGGUCAUAGUUGGAGUAGUUUAAGUGUUACCAAUGAUUAUUUGGUACUUAACGAAAAUUUGAAUAAAAUCGAGAUUAAUUUUAAUGAAAGGUUGAAAAUUUGGACUGCUACCACCGAACCUGGUGUGAAGCUCAAAGACCUUGAUAACGCUUUGUCGGAACAUAACCCUCCGUUAACUUUAACUUCCGCAACGGUAUUGGAUAACGUGACAACUGGAGGAGUGGUCGCACCCGGUUGUCACGGUGCGAAAUGUGACAAUGCAACCAUUUCGGAUAAAGUAAUCUCAAUCCAAAUCGUUACAUCUUCCGAUGGAGAAGUUCAUGAAUUUUCGGAUGAAAUAGAUCCUGAAGAAAUGAGCGCUGCUAGAAUCAAUUUGGGUCUCUUGGGGAUCAUAUAUAAGAUUACUUUCGAAGUUGAGCCAAUGUUCCAUUUAGAGAUGAUCGAUACCACCCCAGACAUCAAAACUGAUUGGAACGCGUCAAACAUAAAGAGAAUCUUUACAGAGUCUGACAGUCUUGAAAUAUUUUAUUGGCCAUUCAAUACUCCUGAACUUGAGGAAGAGAAUGACAAAAUUUGGAUAAAACAACAUAAAAGGACACAAAGUCCAGUUGAAAAGUCAGAGGGCCACCUCAAGUUUGAACGUGUUUUACAGACUUUGUCGGUUAAAUUUGGCGAUCAUAUUUACGAUUUCAUGACCAAACUUCCAACCUCUACACCUUAUAUAACUCAUCUUCUUUUCGAAGCUUCGGUUCAUGAAAAAGAAGUAGUUUUGUUAGCUCCGGACGCUAUCCAUUAUCAGGCCGGUAUCAGCAAUAUUCCAUGUUUGGAUUUGGAAUUUUCCAUCAAAGUUGAUCAAGACUUUUCCAACGUUAUCGAAGAAGUCAAUUACAUCGUUAGAAGGAUUUACGAAGAAGCCAGCAAAAAGAAUUUCCCCGUAAACUUGACAGCUGAAUUACGAAUCAACAAAUCAUCACGUUGCUUAUUAGCUACGACAUACGACAAAGAUCCGGAUGUGAAUUUCGUAAUGCUUGAAAUUUUAUCUGUCAACGGCACAAAAGGGUUUCAAGAAUUUUCCAUUGAAUUGGCCGAAAGAUGGAUGUCAAAGUAUAAUGCUCAACCACAUUGGGCUAAAUUGUGGGAAUACGUGCCAAAUAUUAUACCACACAUAAAAAAAUGUUUAAGUGUAGAUGACCGUCUUAAUAGGUUUGAAAAAGUUCGUGCUAAAUAUGAUCCUGAAGAAUAUUUCUUUGAUAAUAAGAAUUUAAGAGAAAUUUUCGGUAAGGAAGGCGCUCUAUAA